AUGAGCCAUCUACAUGGCAGAGCCUUAACAGAGAAGCAGAAUGUCCUGCAUGUUUUUAGCAAGCACUUCAAGUCUACAGAUAAAACCUGUAGCCCAACCAACAGAUCCACUCCACACUGCUGCUCUUCAAGCCAUACCAAGAACACAGAAGCACAAAACAGCCAGACGAACAAGACUAAACGACUGAAAACACGCAAGCAGAGGAGCCAGGUAAGCAGAGGAGGAUCUAAUAGCAGAUCCCACCAGCACCAAAGCAGCAAAGAGAAGGACCACUGUCAUGGUUGCUGCCAAAGCAGCUCUCGCCCUCCUCCACGGAGAGAUGCCCCAUUAGCCCGCGUCUUCCCCGCUGGGCAAGAGCCCAGCAUCAUCACAAACAACCGUCUCAUCGGCCACCAUGGCCUGUUCAACCAUGAGGUGAAGUCCAUCGACAUCGAGCGCCUGCUGAGUGAGCAGAGGAAGUUGGAGAAGCUUGGGCAGCGCGGGGGGCGAGCAAGAGGUGGAAGCAGUGAGAGCUCAGACAAUCAGAUGCAGCAAACUGUCACCAACCCUGUCAGUGUGGUAGCUGCGCGUCUGUGCAGGUCUCUGCAGCUGCCACUGCUCCGCAGGAGAAACCUGGUGGCGGAAAGUAGGGAGGUGCUGCUGCAGGCCCUACGGGAGAGGCACGGGCUCCAGCUGCAGGAGAACCUACUCAACGUGCAGCGACGUCUCAGCUUCGGUACAGGACCCACCACAACCAGGGCCGGCCUGGGGCAGAGCACAAUCCUGGCCGGCGUAGAUGCAUAUGGAGGCUGGCCUGCAGCUCCAUUGGAUAGUGGUUUUGGAGACAGCAUGGUGGAACAAACGUGCCUGGACUCCCAGAGGUCAGCCCCCAACAAGAGGAGGAGGAGGAAGCAGCUAUGCCCCAACAGAAUGACCCCUCCUCAGCCCCUCAUUGGGUCGCAGAACAGCCUGGACACGGCUGCUGCAUGGAACCCCAACCCCAGUGUGGAGCAGGUUGGGGAACUGAUCGGAGAACUACUUAGGCCCGCUUCCUCCUCGCACUUCCUCAUGGACCUCCAGCCCUCUGGUUCCCCCUCUCGCCACCACGUCUUUGACCCCCCUCCUGCCUCACCUUGGGCAGCUCAAUCCGGUCUGCCUCAGCCCUGGGAUGACGUAUUCGACAGGGGAAGCAUGAGAGAGUCAACCAGGGUGGAUCACUUUGAGAACUGGAGGUCCCACCUUCCUGACAUGGCCUACUAUCCCCCCUCCCACAUGCUGGAGAGUGGCCUGUCCCCUCCUCUGCCCCCUGUGUCCCUACCUGCUUUCCCCAGCCCUGAAUGCUGGUCUUUCCCCCGGAUGAGACUGUACUGA